UAAAGCAAACUUGAGCUAGCACAGCUACAUCACCGGCCCACUCAGGAACGUAGCGAGCAAUGGCUGCAUCCGGGACGAGCAGCAUGGCCGUGGCAAUGGCGGCGGUCGUGGCCGUGGUCCUGUGCGCGGGCGUGCGGCCGGCGGAGGCGUGCAACGGCCACCCGUGCCCGUCGCCGGCGGGCAAUUGCCCCGUGAACGCGGUGAAGCUGGCGGUGUGCGCGGACGUGCUGGACGGGCUGAUCCACGUGGUGGUGGGGCAGUCGCCGCCCAAGCAGCCGUGCUGCUCCCUCAUCUCCGACCUAGUGGACCUGGACGCCGCCGCCUGCGUCUGCCUCGCCAUCAACGCCAACGUCCUCGGCAUCAACCUCGACGUCGACGUCGACCUCACGCUGCUGCUCAACUGCUGCGGAUGCAAGGUGCCCAAGGGCUUCCGCUGCGCUUGAUUUGAUCAGCCAUAGUGCAUGCAUGCGUGUGCAUGAUCAGCCAUAGUGCAUGCAUGCGUAUGCAUGUACGUGUCAGGUCGUGUGAAUUCCCAGCUUGUGUGCGUUGUGUUAAAAGCGUCAUUUCCCUCCAAUAAAA